GUUAUUAUUUUUAUUUUAGACACAGCGCACGUAUGAGUUAAAUUCGGAUUAGAGAAGAAUAUAAAAAUAAUGAUGGCGGCAUAGUGUAAAAUCCUGUUCGAGAUAUCUUUUCAUUCAAGUUUCAGACGCCGGUUCGGAUUGUUGUAUCUUUCUGCUCGUGGUUUUCUUAAACGCUGGGAGUUUUUUGUGCGCGUAGUGUUUGUUCUUUUUUAUUUUUGUGAGUGGCACGAUCGACCUGUCAAAAAGUUGAUUAAAAAAUCAUUUUGAUCUAAAAGCCGGAUUUGUUUAUACAUCUUUAAAGAGAAUGUCCUGCACAUUGGGUAAAGAGUAACGUCUCAAAAUGUCCGUUAUUUGUCAGAAUUUCGUUCAAAACGCGUGGAAGAAAGAUCUCUGUUCGAAUUGCUUCAAAUCGGUUGGAGAUCAUGAUGUAAGCGGCGACAGCAAUGGUCCAAUAUCUCAUCAAAAUGAGAGUUUAAAUGGGAGGUCUCACACAGCGAACCUUUAUUCGUCAAACAGCAAUGGUACUCCUCACACCACCUGGAAGUCGCUUAUAUCUGAACGGAACCAAAAGAAUUCACAACCAUUCAAAUUGGAAAAUGGUUUUCAGGGUAGGCUUUUAACAAUCAAUAAAGCUACCCACCCAAACGAAAAGAAACCAACCAAUGACUGCAACUUGAAAAAUGGUCAUAGCACAAAUGGUAGUCAAAUCGAAUCUCCUGCGAAAACUACUUUCUCUCAGUCUAAAACUAUUAAUUCGAAUGUUAGCAACGGUACAAAGCCGCAAACAAAUGGCGAAUCUGUAAAUGGAACUCAAAACGGUGAAGCUGUUAGAGAUGUCAAUAAAAUGCAGUUUAAUGGUGUCAAAAACAUGCUGAGUGAAAUCGAGAGUAAAAAUGGAAGGAAUCAAAAUCAAUUCCGCAAAGAAGCACCUGAUGAUUCGACUUCAAAACCUCCAUCACCUGUACAAAAGAACGCACCACAACAAAUAAUGAACGAUAAGAGUGAAGACCAACCUAGUCCUCUCCAGGGCAUAUUAAAGAAGAAAAUUCCAAUACCCGAAGUAAACAAUCCCCAGCCAAGACGCAGCAGUAAUGUCGGUUUUAAAGACGAGGAACCACUUGUGAUCGGUUAUGGUGGGAGGGAUUUUAGUCCUGAGGAAUUAGAAUGGGAAAUGAACUGCUCAGACGGAGAAAACGAAACUGGAACAGAUAGCUUGGACGAAACGGAGGAUGACAAAGCGUUCUCUAAAAUAACGAAACUAAAUACCGAAUUCAAUUCGGAUAAUGCGAAUUUAUUGAUCCAACAACAACAAAUAAAAGACGCUGAAAAGACGGUAACAGCCGCAAAUACAACUGUUGACGGAGCCAGUAAGUCUACUUCUCCGAAAAACAUUAAAAACGAAACUAAGGGUGAUUCCAAGAGCGGAAAUGAAAACGCGUCUUUGGCACAAUCUAAUCUUGGCAGAGAAGCUGCUAAUGAGAAGGAAGUUCCUGUUGUGAAUCGCCAAGAAGUGAUUUCGAAUCAAAUUGAAAUGUCAAAAGAAAAUGGUUCCUCAUCGGAUUCGGAGGUCAAGGAUUGGGAAGUGAUUAAUGAACGGGACAGCCGCACCGAAAACAAAGAAUCUAUAAACGUCGCCAUAAAGAAUUGCGAGCGAGAUACGGUGACGUCGAAGGAGAUCGUAGUGGUUGACACCGCUAAGAAACUCACCGCCUUGAGAGAAGAGGAGAACGAAAAUAACUCGGAGUUGGGAGAAACUGAAGCUUCACCACCUCCGCCUAUUACAAGCAGAAGCGGAGAAGGUGACAGCGAAGUAAAAACAUCGGAAAAUUCUGUGAUGCUUUCCGAUGGUGACGAUGUUCAUAAAGUUGAAGGAGAAAAUAAUUCACACGAAAACGGCGAAUGGCAGCGAGAUAACAAUGAAAUCGCCGGACAAAUAUUACAAGCUAUCAAUACUUCCCUGACAAAUCGUCAUAAAAUGAACUCGGAUCAAGAAUCGAAUGCAUCGAACUCUGCUGAAGAAAAUGGAAAAGAAUUUCCAGUUAACGAUGGUGCCGAUAAGGAUAACUUCGAAAUAAAACCUGCUAAUUGUGAAAGUGUUACAAUAACAGUUAGUGAUAGCUCAAGCAAAAAAGUAAACGCUGUGAGUGAGAAGACGCUAGGCAAUGUAGAGCCAAGACCAUCUUUCCUUCAUGGUCGAGUAUCAAACUGCAAAGCCAUUUAUGGCCCAGCUUCUGAUUUGUUUGUAUCCAGAAGUAAUUCCUCGUCGUCGUCAUCAUCUGAUGAAUGCAACAGAGCAGAAGUUUCCCAUUCAAUAAGUGUGACCAUUAAUGGGAAAAAUACCCACAAACGUGUUGUGAGAAGUGCUAGCGAAGAACUCUUAAAUGUAGUACCUUCUUCAAAACAAACGCUAACGGAUUACGAAACUGAUUCUUCGGUAUCAAGCAAAUUUAAGCCGAGAAUUCCAGCUAAACCUUCUAAACGCUGUACAAUCGAACGAUCGUCAAUACAAAUUGAACCUGGUCACUACGCAAAACCAACAGCGGAUAUAAAACCUUUGAGGUCGGAGAGGCGAAAAUCUGAAAGUAGCAUCAGCCAAAACAGUUUAUAUUAUUCUACAGCCAAUGAUUCGAGUCUACAUGGUCCAAGUUCAAUCACUCUUGUUGACCAUUAUGCUGAGAGUAAUAUCUAUCAUGAAGUUAUGCUGGACGCAGAGUCAAGAAAUCAGGUCGGUGGGAAUACCGAAAACCCACAACCUAAAAGAGAAUCUAAGUUGGCAGCUCUUGCGAUUGAACUAGAACAAGUCAGGCAUCCCGGUAAUAACACCAAAAGACAAGCACCAGCACCACCAAAGAUACCAGACCCACCAUUAGAAGAUCCUCCUAGUUCAACUGGACGUAUAUCUCCUUCAGACAACCCUCUAGGAUUUUCAAGUUACAGAGGAGAGGCCAUGACUUUUUCCUCGUCUUCAUCAACUGCGUCAACGUCUUCGCAAGACACAGAAACAGGCUAUGCAUCCUGGAAUCUUAACGGGGACAUUGAAGAAAAACGUAAACACUCCAAAUCUAAAAGUUCCUUUCUUUUGGCGCAGUAUUCCAAAUGCAAAAUGUUGGCUAUGGGAUAUGCAGAAGAUAGCGCCAAAUCCCGAAAAAAGUUUUCCAUCAAGAAACUACUGAAAAUACGCAAAGAUGGCACUGAAAAUAAUGCAGCUUUUGACUCUAGCUGCCCAAACCCAAAAGCUUGGAAAUAUAACGAACACUAUGACAGACCUCGAGCUAAAUUAGAAAUUAUUCAUCCUAUGGACUUGGAAAACAAGUCAGUGACCGUAAAUCCAGGAUUCGAUUCUUUGCAUUCUGGAUCACUAUCUUCUUUUACUGCUAGUGCCGACGACCUGUCCCUUCGAAACAGUGUGUCCAGUGAUUACGGGAGUUUUUAUUCCGAUGCUAUGUCACCAACCCAAGACAUGAAACCAGAAUCUAAUUAUGAAUGUAUUCAACCUUCUGGAAUACCUGAACUUGAAGAUCAAGGGGAAACCGAAGAAAGAGUCACCACAUGCAAUUCCAAUUCUCCGACACCUUCUCGAUCUUCGAAUACAUCGCAAGCUAGUACAGUAACAUCGGAAAGUUCCAAAAAUGGUUCUUCGAUUUCUAACAGACCUCCAAAACCACCACCCCCUCCAAGAGCGCACUCUCUUCUACCGAGAAGUAAACCUCAAAAUCCGGAUGGAACAUUCAAGUUUCCUGUAUCAGAACAUAAAGCUCCAAAUGAAGAAGAUAUUCAACCAGCAGCCACAACAAAACCACAAGCUCCCAAGAGGCAAUGCAAGGCAGCAGCCCCUCGCCCUGAUUUUGGAAUUUAUGAUAAUACUGGUAUGGUUCCUCCUUUGCCUGAUCCACCUCAACUAGAUGAAGACGAUUUUCCCACCGAAGUCAGUGAAGAUGCUCAAGAAAUUGGUUCUUCGACGAUUCUAGAUAUAAGAGAAAGUCACACUGCGUCACAAAAUAAACAAGAAUCCUCCUCAGAAAAGAAAACUUGUAAAGAAGAAAGCUUUCAAGAGCCCCAAGUAAGCGUUCUGUCUUUGAAACCAGAUAUCCAAACUAUUAAUGUUACCGUCAAGAAUACUCCUUCUAAUACUGACAAAAAUACUAAGAGUGCUGUUACGAGAAACAAGCAUCCACCCAUCACUAAAGCACCUUCUCGGCCACCUCCAAUUUACAUGAAGCCACAGCUUACGGUUGUCGCUAAGAAUCCAAAUCCAUGGAAGACUCUAGAAGACAGCUAUCUAGUCUUGACUACUUCUAAUCGUGAACUUCUGGUCAAAUUAGUUACUCAAGCAUUAAAGAAAAGGAAAAGCUAUGUAACUAAAUUAAAGCAAAUAGAAUUCAGAUGGUCUCAUUUUGAAAUAGAUUUGGCUCAACCAUCUUCAAUAUUCGCUUUUGGUGAAAAGAUAGCUUAUCAUGCUACAAUACCUCACUAUCCAGACUACCUCAUAACUUUAGUGGUAACUGUCCAGCAAGCGCAUAACAGAUUAAAUGAAAGUGGUGAUUUCAAAUACCCAGUAUUUGGUCAAUUUGUAGAUUGUAUUCCUCCAGAACUCUUAGACAGCUCAGGUGAUGCAGAACUGGAAUCGAUGCAGGCAACAAUUUUAGUUCUAGAUAGAUCCAAUAUUACCACAAUUGAAUGUUUUACUGAAGGUCUACCAAACACCCUCACUGAAGAACACGAGAAAGAACUUAGUUUUAUAAUUUUGCAACUGAUACAUUCACUGAAAUCUCUUCAGGCACAGGGCAUAGAAUCCAUUGACUCCAGCUUUCAAAACUUAAUCUUAGCCAAAACGAAAGCGGAUAAAUAUAAUACUUUGAUAUUCUUAUCAGACAAUUGCUACGAUGAAAAUGAUUAUGUAUCAGAUUCCUGUAAGAUUUCCUUGUGUCAAUAUGCACUGAUGCUGCUUUUUCAACUACUUGGGAUACAGUCAAUUGAUGAGUUCAUCUCAUUAUCAGAUUCUAAAUUUUCAUCUGAUAUUGCAAGAAAAUCGUUUGAGAUGGCCAUUGCACUUCUUUCAGAAGAAAAAGCUGUCUCUUUAUCUCAAACUAAAACGCUGAUGGAAUGCUUUUUAUGGGACUUGACGAAAAUUCUAGAAAUACUUGAUGAUUCUGAUGAUACGGAUAGCAUCCUGCAACGUUGGAUGGACGUAAAACGUUCCAAUUUCAUCAAAAAUAUAGUUGGCGAUGAAAAUUUAUGUGAUAUCAAUGUGCAAUCAGAAUAUUAUUCGCAAUUUUUGAUUAGAACAAGCAUUAGAAAUGUUAAGGAAAUAUUAUUAUAUUUGUAAGUAAUAUGAAACUGAUAUUUUGUGUUACCUAUUUAAUGUUUUGAUAAAUGAUAUUUAUGUCAUUGGAACUAAAAUGUCAGACAAUGAAGAUGCUAAUUUUUAAUUUAAACUAUAGAAAUUCUUCUGUAACUAAUUAUUUUAACUUAUUUUGGUGUUGAUCCUACAUAUUUAAUAUAAUGUAUUAAACCAAAUGUCAUUUUUAGAUUCAAUUAUAUCAAAAAAUUUUAAACAUUUGUAUUGUUAAAAUAGACAAUCAUUUUAAUUGAGCUAAUUAUAUGUAUAAAAUCGAUACUCUGCAUAAAAUGCAAUUAUCUUAUCUGACAAAUAGGUAAUUUUGAGUGUUGUGAAUGAGAAAUUUUUUUGUUUGGUUGUAAAUAAUGUGUGUGUACAUAUGAGUAUAUAAUCUGUAUUGAAGAAAAGAUGUAUUAUCUUUGGUAAUAAAAGUUCAAAACACAAA